AGCUCUUGCAGGGGCACACAAAUCCGAGAAAAAAAGGAGAGCAGUGGAGUCGCUAGCAUAAUGUAAUGAGGCGGGGUUGUUUUGAGGAGUUUAAAGUUGUUCGCGUAACUGUACCACUGGCUGACUAACGAAUGGUUGCGUUUUCUUGGAAGUUGGAUGACAUGUAGUGACUUUUUGGCCGCCUUUGUCGUUACCUCACGAUGGAGGAACCUGCAGCGAGAGAGUCGGACAUGUCCCUGUCAGACGGCAACGUCACCUCGGAUGACGAGAUGCCCUUAACGUUGCCCACCGACGGCAGCCUCAGCGGGAGCACCCGGAAGGGAUGUGAUCCUUUUGCCCAGACUCAACGCAGCAAACUGCAGCACCGGCGAUCUCGCAUAAACCAGCAGAUCAACAAGGAAAUGCGCAUGAGAGCUGGAGCAGAAAACCUAUUCAGGGCAACAACCAACAACAAGGUGAAGGAGACAGUGGCUCUGGAGCUCAGCUUUGUCAACUCCAACCUGCAGCUGCUCAAAGAGGAGCUGGAGGAACUCAACAGCAACAUGGAGGUCUACCAGACAGACAGUGAGGCUAUCAACGUUCCCAUGAUCCCACUCGGAUUAAAAGAAACCAAAGAGGUGGACUUCACAGUUCCUAUCCAGGACUUCAUCUGUGAGCACUACGGAGAGGACAGCUCGCUCUACGACAAGGAGAUCACAGAGCUUAUGGAGCUCAGACAGGCCAUGCGCACACCGAGUCGUAACCAGGCCGGUCUGGAGCUGCUGAUGGAGUACUACAACCAGCUGUACUACCUGGACCAGCGCUUUUUCCCCCUUCACAAGAACCUGGGUGUGCACUUCCAGUGGUACGACUCCCUGACAGGCGUCCCGUCAUGUCAGCGUACGCUGGCCUUUGAGAAAGGAAGCGUGUUGUUCAACAUCGGUGCCCUGUACACACAGAUCGGAGCGCGGCAAGACCGCUCUGCAACAGCUGGCAUAGACCGAGCAAUAGAUGCCUUUCAGAGAGCAGCGGGUGCAUUUAAUUUCCUCAAAGAGAAUUUUUCCAACGCUCCCAGUUUGGACAUGAGCGCUCCGUCGCUCUGCAUGCUGGUGCGUCUGAUGGUCUCCCAGGUGCAGGAGUGCGUGUUCGAGCGAGUCACACUCACCACCGAGGACACACACUUCACCUCGCAACUCCGCCUGGCACAAGAAGCCGCGCGGGUGUCAGACGUGUAUCUGUUGGUGCAGCAGACCAUGACUCAGCCUCUGAUGAAGGACUACGUGCCGUUUUCUUGGGCCUCCAUGGUUCAAGUCAAAUCAGAACACUUCCGUGCCCUGUCGCACUACUACGCCGCUGCCGCACUCUGCGAUCACACGCUGUCUGCUGAGGAGGAGGAGUGCGAAGAGGAAGCAGAGAAAGCUUUCCUCCAGUUCUAUGUCGGCGGACCUGCGGGGCCACCGCUCAGCCAGGUGUUACGAGAUCCCGAAAAAAGAAGAAAGCUCGGUAAAGCUCACCUGCGGCGUGCAGUAAUCAGACAUGAGGAAGCCAUGCGUGUCCACAGUCUGUGUAAGAUCCUGAGGAAGAUGGACAUCCUGCAGGACGUGCUGUCGCUCACGCACAAACGCUCCCUGGACAAGUACUCUGAGCUGGACAGAGAGGACGACUUUGAUGAAACCGCGGAGGCUCCGGAGAUCCAGUCUCAAACCCAUCAGAAACCAGACAUCACUCCAACUAACUUCUCUAAAGUCCAAGUUACAGACUUCUUCCAAAGACUGGGGCCCCUGUCGGUGUUUUGUGCACGGGCCCGCUGGGACCCGGUGCGUGUGGUCUGUCUGCAGAGGAGAGACGGGGGACUGGGUCUCACGCUCAGAGGAGACUCACCUGUCCUGGUGGCUGGAGUGGUGGCAGGAGGCUGUGCAGCAGAGGCCGGACUAAGGGAAGGAGACUACAUCGUGGCUGUGGACGGACAGGACUGUAAAUGGGCCAAACAUGGCGAGGUGGUUCAAAUGCUAAAGAGCUGUAGCGAGAGAGGGGUGGAGCUUAGUGUGGUCACGCUACACUCACAUGAUACACAGCUUGAGAGGAGGGGCAUUUUGCUCACCACCAACAGCGAUAAGGAAAACACUCGGCAGCGCCUGCCGGGCGGAGCCAAGGGCCAGAGCUCCGCCUCGUUGUUAAACUGGAACAGGAAGAAGACGAGGGAAGGCAGCGUGGCCACAAAGAAACUAGGAAGCACUUUCAGUUUGUCGUUUGGAAGCAUCCGAGACACCGAGGCCAUGUACUGAGACGUGACCGCAGAGGAACCACUCAGGGAAUCACAAGGUACGAUACCGUACCGGCGUACAGAACCGCUUCCACAAUGACCGUAGUGCUGCGACAAGAGACAUCAGCAGUGCAGUUUGUCCAGUAACAUUGUUCCUGGCUUAUUUCUGUUACUACAGCACAGUCCAAUGCCUGUAUUAUGUGGCAGCAAACACACCAGGUAGUAUUUUAACACUUCUAUCUUGGAGAAAGAAGGUGCAUCAAGAGAGAACGUGUGGGACAUUUUAGAUGAAGGUGGGACAUGCCGCUGUUGCUCCUGCAUGGCUCUGUGCUAAAACAAAACACAAAAUAGGUAAAAGGGGCAGAUGCACAACUGAUUCCUGAUGUAAAGAACCAGUCAGUCACGGUUUGGGAACACUUUCUCUCUGACUGGUUCUGUACAUCUAUCACCAGUUGGGGUUCUCUGUGAGAAAGGAAGUCACAGACUGUCAAAUAAUGAGUUCAUCGAGGUUUUUUCACAAUCCAAGCAAGGGGUGACUAGUAAAUGUAUAAAUGACCAGCAAAUUAGGAUUCCUACUUCAAAGCAAACCUGGCGUGCAGGUGUUGACAAUGCAGCCAGCUUGUGAAAUCUUACUGAAAGCUCCUCUUUAAUUCCUUCUUUUUACGUUCUUCUCAUUAACAUGACGACACCUAUUUGUUGUGUGAAGUUCGGGGCAAAGCAGAAGGAAAAAGCAAGCUCCAUAUUUCUUGUCUUAUAUUUUCCUUAACAGGUCUCUGAGGGUUACGGACCAACAGUCCUGUGUAACCACUUAAGUGCUCCAGGUUUGGAUCACUUCAGUUGCUGAUACUUUACACUGUAAGUCCACUAUUAUGACGUUUGAGUUCUUUUAGUUGUCAGUUUUAGAUGAUUAUGAGCACUUCAGAGGUUUUGAUCCAUUUUAUUUGUAGUUUUGGUACUUCCAUGCACUGUGAAUCUGUUUUUAAUAAUAUAGUUGUCUUAAUAAUGAACAUGUGAGAGAUUGGGAGUUUUUUAUUUUCUAUGAAUUGUGAUAUCGUAUUGUGGGAGAUACUGCAGGAAAAGCAAAUGGUGUCCAAAAUGUCAAAUUUUUGUAAGAAGUUUUGUAUUAUCUUGUAUCUAUUGUGUCCUUAAUGGUUUGAAGAACAGUCCAGCCACUGUACUCUGUUACAGUCUGCCAAUAUAAGAAAAACAAUACACGUUGUUGAUUACCGUUGUUUGAGCUGUCUGAUGUACCUAGAAAUGUGAUGAAUUGUAGCACAUUACUGUUUGGUCCAGCAACAAAGAAAUGCUGCCUUUUGUUCUUUCUUUCUGUACAAUGUUUGUGCCAUGGUGGUCCAGUGAGACGAGGACAAAUAGCCAGAGGUGACAGACACGUUUUCACAUGAUCACAUUUCUGCAUUAAUGAAAAGUGAAGCGAUUCCAGUAAGAUUGUGAUGGAACGGGAUCUUUUUUUAAUCCUCAUUAGGAUUCAAUUCAUUUCAAAUUUCAAGAAAACAAGUUUGUCACGUUAUGAUCAAAGCUCCUUUCUGAAUAACGGAGUUUUCUGUACUGUGUUUGUCAAGUAAUUAACUGUCUCUUAUUUGUAUUGACUGAAUACCUGACCAUCCCUGAAUGACUCAUUUGGGGAUUUGCACAGUCUUUCUUCCAUUGAGGAAUUCAAUAAAGGUGAAUAAUAG